ACGUGAAAAUUGGAACAGAAUAACAAUAGGAAGCAGCAGGUGAACCACGUCGACAGAUACCUUUAACCGUACAGAAGCAGAUAUCAUGUCGGAUUCAAAAGUUGCUCUAAUCAGUGGAAUUACUGGGCAAGACGGUUCUUACCUGGCAGAGUUCCUUCUGCAACGUGGCUACGAAGUGCAUGGUAUCAUCCGGCGCGCCAGUACUUUCAACACUGGCCGCAUUGAGCAUCUCUAUGCCAAUCCCCAGGCUCACACUGAAGGCCGGAUGAAACUCCACUACGGCGACAUGACGGACAGCAGUAGUCUCGUGAAGAUCAUUCAGCAAGUGCGUCCCCGAGAGAUCUACAAUCUCGCUGCCCAGUCGCACGUGAAGGUGUCCUUUGAUCUGUCCGAGUACACCGCAGAAGUGGACGCUGUGGGCACUCUGCGCCUCCUGGACGCCAUCCAGACGUGUGGUCUGGUGAAGGAAGUGAAGUUCUAUCAAGCGUCUACAUCAGAGCUCUACGGAAAGGUGCUGGAAACACCCCAGACGGAGAAAACGCCCUUUUACCCAAGAUCACCCUAUGCCGUUGCCAAACUGUAUGGAUAUUGGAUUGUCGUGAACUACCGCGAGGCUUAUGGGAUGUUUGCCUGCAAUGGGAUCCUCUUCAACCACGAAUCACCGCGUCGCGGAGAGAAUUUUGUCACGCGCAAGAUCACGAGAUCCGUGGCGAAGAUUUCUCUGGGUCAGAUGGAGAGUUUCGAGCUAGGAAAUCUAGACUCUCGUCGCGAUUGGGGCCACGCAAAGGACUACGUGGAGGCUAUGUGGCUCAUGAUGCAGCGCGAAACGCCUCAGGACUAUGUGAUCGCCACGGGAGAGACGCGAAGUGUGCGGGAAUUCGUGGAAGCCGCCUUUGCGUACAUCGGCAGAGAGAUCGUGUGGCGUGGAAGUGGUCUGGAUGAGGUUGGAGUGGAGAAGGAGAGUCAAGUGGUGCGCGUGAAGGUGAAUUCCAAGUACUUCCGACCGACGGAAGUGGAUCUUCUGCUCGGGGAUUCGUCGAAGGCGCGAGCUGAGCUCGGCUGGGAGCCUAAAGUGUCCUUUCAGGAAUUGGUGAAAGACAUGAUGGACGCAGACAUUGCAUUAAUGCGGAGGAAUCCAAUUGCUUAGCCAUUCCAUGUAGAAACACUUUCUUUUUCUUCACACCGCCCAGCGAUUAAUUUCAUGAUGGUCAGCUUCUCUUUGCACAAACGCAAACGGUAAGUGAGAAAAUUAAGCAAUUGCCACAAUUAUGGUGUCAAAGAGAAGAUGCGAGAGAGAUUGCAAAACGGCAGAAGAUUACAUGACGCAUGAGGGAUUGUGUAAUAGAUCAGUUUCUUAUCAGAUGGAGGUCGUUGACCUCACGAAGUGUGGUGUUUUUUUGUAUCAUUCCUGGUAAGAUACGGCUUUUUAUAUAGGUAAUAUACAAGAGUAUUUGA